ACAACAUGUGUAGAAUUACACAAAUUUGUAGCAAUUUUUAACAGAUAGCAUCAUUCAUGAUGAUGUAAGUCGGGGAUUACGUCUAUUUAAUCCCCCCCCUUCUUCUUCUUCUGCUACUGAAAAUCUCAUCUUUCCGAAUCUCCGCGCCAUUUCAUAUUUGGGGAUGGCGAAUUUCAGUGUGAUUCCAACUCCCGGUCCGCGACUCACGGCGAUAAAUACGAGAACAAUAAAGGAUUUCAACUUAUCCAAAACACCACUGAAUUUGUUUAUGAAAUCUUCGAUGUCUACAACAACUACUACAAGCAGCUCAUUGGGGUUUUCUCCUUCUGAUGGAAAUUGUAGAAAUUUUGUGGUGAAAGCAGCUCAAACACCAGUGAACAACAAGCCUCUUACUGAUGAUAGAAUGUUGGUGUUUGUUCCACCACAUUCAUUGAUUAAACACUGGGUUUCUGUUCUUAGGAAUGAACAGACUCCUCCUCCAGUUUUCAAGAAUGCAAUGGCUGAGUUGGGGAGGUUACUUAUCUAUGAAGCAUCAAGGGAUUGGUUGCCUACUGUAACUGGGGAGAUUCAAUCGCCAUUGGGCGUUGCCUCUGUUGAAUUUAUUGAUCCGCGAGAACCUGUAACGAUUGUACCCAUCUUAAGAGCUGGUCUAGCUCUAGUCGAGCAUGCUUCAUCCAUCUUGCCUGCCACUAAAACCUAUCAUUUGGGGAUAAGCAGAGAUGAGGAGACCCUAUUGCCAACGGUAUAUUUGAACAAGUUACCUGAAAAACUUCCUGAAGGAUCUCGUGUGCUUGUAGUAGAUCCAAUGCUAGCAACAGGGGGCACAAUUGUUGCAGCACUUGAAAUGUUGAGGGACCGCGGAGUUGAUUUCAAGCAGAUUAAAGUGAUAUCGGCCUUAGCUGCUCCUCCAGCUCUUCAGAAGCUAAGCGAGAACUUUCCUGGGCUUCAUGUGUACACUGGGACAAUCGACCCCACUGUAAAUGAAAAGGGGUUUAUAAUUCCUGGAUUCGGAGAUGCAGGAGACCGUAGCUUUGGAACAUAAAACAGUUGUAGAAGUAGGUUUCUUCUUCCAAGCUGUAGCUCUAUCAUCAGUUUUAAAAUAUUUAUAUUGAUCUAGAGAACCAGCUGAGGGCGGCAUUUAAUUUAUUUUAAUUGAGGUUUCUACAUUGCAGUUUCAAAGAACAUAAGUAUGAUGUUAGAUUGUGAUCCAAUUAAACUAAUACUUUGCAUAUAGGAUUACACAGUGCUUUUGGUGAAUGAAAACAGUUAGCACUUUACAGAACA